AUGGCUUUUGCCGACGAUUGCACUGGGCUACUGCGGGACGUCAACGACGCGACCACGUUUAUCGGCCUUGUCCAAGAGUAUGCAGACGCCGCCGGUCUCCGACUCAACGUGAAGAAGACAUGCAUUAUGCCCUUCACACGUCAUGUAUCAAAGGCUAAGCUGGCUCACCUUCGGCAGUCGACUGCCCUCAAGGUGUUGGGCGUCACAGACACGGUGAAACUACUGGGUAUUCUACAGGGCGCGUCGGUUACCGAUGACCAACGGCUCGACGCGGUGAUUGCUAAGGUUCGGGCUCGGUGUGCCAUUUGGAAGUAUCGGGCGAGGACGCUUCGCGGCAAAGUGGUUCUACUUCAAAGUAUUAUCCUACCUCUACUCUGGUACACAGCCGCCGUGACCCCGGUCACCCCGGCGGUGGUUACGAAGAUGAACAUCAUUGUCCGCAAUUUCGUCCACGGCCAGGAUACCGAUCUCGAUAAGGCUGCGGCGGGCAAGUUCGAGCAGGAUUGGAUCUACACAAGUGUGAACAAGGGCGGCCUCGGUCUCAAACCGAUCAAGGUCUUCACCCAAGCGAUGCAUCUCAAGUGUCUCCGAGACGCCAUUGCAGCUACAAACGCGGCUGGGAAUGCUCCGCGCUGGUUCGCACCGGCGCUGGACUUAUUCACAGUAGCGCUCGGCUCUCUCGGCUCCGGGUUCGACAUUCUCUACGCUAACCUACGCGGCUUGCAAUGGGCGCCGUUGACCAAGUACUGGCGAGUUACGCUACGGUUGUGGUCGGACCUUACCAUCUCCCAUGGGACAACGGAGUGGAAACGCAACGUGCAGACGAUGCCGCUAUGGUUCAACAUCUUCUUUUCGUUUGGGAAGGCGAGGACCCCUCUCAGCGAGGUGAGCUCGACGACCAACAGUGCGCUCAAGGCUCUCGGCUUCAAUCGCCUACGUGAUUACGUCUACUACCAUGGUGACUAUGCUACGGCGGAACUGCUACAUGGUCUACUAUCGGAAGAUCUAUUCGCCCGACCGCACUCGAAGACCCGACUGAUCAACGAUACGAUGGCUCGCUUCAAUUUGGUUACGCCUCUGGAUGGCCCGCUCAUCGGGCCAACUCGUGCGGACCACGUGGAAGCGGCUUUUCACGAUUGGCAUCUCGACGGGACACCGGUGAUGGAAAUGAAGAACAAACACUUCGUACGACUACUAUUGAAGGCGCGUACGGACCCGAAGAUCCCCACGCUCGCGUUGGAACAACUCGGCCUCAGUGACUUUACGCCCGCGGAAGACACAUGGAACAGGGAGAUCUUGUGGGAUCGCCAUGUCUUGCCAGUCUGCGCGGACCUCAAGUUUCGGCUUCAGCACAAUGCUCUUGGCUUUCGCUACAAGUUCGCAUGGCGCACGCAAGUUACUACGUCUACGACUUGCGUCCACGACUGCCCUACCACAGAGAAUGCUUUGCAUCUCUUUUGGGACUGUGUCGUGGCCCGCUAUCAAUGGGACUUUUACCUGCGGCCGUUUCGAGAACUCAUUGACGGAGCAAUCGAUUGGCGUCUGGUUCUCUUCCCGAGUUCUAUUCGACUUCAACUCUCUACGGUUCGAGUUUAUGGAGACUAUGCACUUCAGGCUAUCUUCAAUUUUGUUCGAUGCUGUGUUCUACGGGCACUUUGGCUUCAUCGCAACAAGCGGCUGUACAACCCGUCUGUCACGACUUCGGCACCCUUUGUCAAGCAUCACGCGCUGGCCUACAUCCGCCUACAUCUACACAAGUUUCGAUCAAUGGCAACUGGAAAAGGAAAGGAGAAAUGGGUGCGAGCAACGGAUUUUAUUACGGAUGGAUAUGGUUUGGAGCGAAUUACUACGUCUACUUCUACGGGCACGACUUCAGCGAGUGCAACUGACGGCGUCGUGCCAUCGUCAGUGCAAGUGAGUGACGCUUAG